UAACAGUCAUGUGGUGGUCACACUGACAAAAUAACAAACUUUUUUUGUCAUAAAAACAGUGGUUUUGGCCAAAGUUUCGGCAAAAUUGUAGAUAAACAUGUCGCAAGAGGUUGAGGAAACACUGAAGCGUAUCCAGAGCCACAAAGGAGUUGUGGGCACAAUUGUGGUCAACAAUGAAGGAAUUCCGGUUAAGUCGACUCUGGACAACACGACCACCGUCCAGUAUGCUGGAUUAAUGAGUCAGCUGGCAGACAAGGCCCGGAGCGUGGUGAGGGAUCUGGAUCCCUCGAACGACAUGACAUUCCUGCGGGUGCGUUCCAAGAAGCACGAGAUCAUGGUGGCUCCCGACAAGGACUUCAUCCUGAUCGUCAUCCAAAACCCAACGGACUAGACAGGCUCAAGUUCGGAACACAACGCUGAAACUAUUUACUGCACAUUUAUAAACAUACAUAUACCUAAAGUGUCGUCUAGAGAAAAAGGGAGUUAAAUUAAACAAUAAUAAAAUAGUA